GUGUCUUGGAUUUAACGUACAAGCAGAAAGCACACAUAAACAAAUCAGUUUAAAAAUUGACAAAAUUAAUGUUAUUUCAAGUGGGAGCCUAAGCGAUGAUGGAUUCGAUAGUCUUGUGAAUCAUGGAUUACGAUAUGAUGAAUUAGAUUCAGCAGAUUUCAAACAUUUAUCAUUCAUUGAAGAUAUCUAUCGACAAGUGACUAAAGAGGAACAACCUAAAAAGAAGAAAUCAAGUAAACGGGAUUUAACGUUUGAUUCGGCAUUAUUUGGAGAUAUUAAUGCUAAUAUUGAGGAUAAUUUGCUUGGACUUUAUUCAACUACUAAUUCAGGGAUUUACAAUAAUUCACAAAUCACAAAUACAACAGCAUUGGAAAAUAUCAUCAGUAUAUUGGUGCUUAAUUUAUCCCGAGUCAAACAACAAAAUUCUUCAUUGAAUACCAUCGAAAACUUUUUGAAUAACUAUCAUUCUCGUUUGGAUACAUUGAACCGAAACUUUUUAAAUGAGAAGUUCAAACUGCAUUUGUCAAGAAUAGAAGAUGAUUUAACCAAGGAGAGAACAAAUAAUGAUAUUCUUCGGAAUAAGUUGACUACUGUGGAACGCGAAUCCGGGGAAAAGUUAUCUUCCCUUGCAGAUCAAUUAAAAUCACUUGAACAAGAAAAGCAUAACUUGAAUGAAUCUUACAAGUCCCAGCUCCAGGAAUACGAAAUGAUGAAACAAGAUUCAAUGUCCAGAAUAGAACAUCUCGAACAAGAACGAGACUUGCUAAAACAAACGCUUGAAAGUGAAGAGAAACCUGAAGAAACAGAAGAAAUUACCACUGAUGAUGUAAAUACCGCCAUUAAUGGCUUCAUAAUGGAUCUUUCAAGAACACCCUCUGUGAGGGAAACCAAUCGGAAGAAACAUGAAGUGGACAAUUCCGACAAGGUGUCAAUUGAAUUGACACCACCAGUAUCUGAUGAUGAAAAAGAGGAAGAAAGUAUUCAGGCUCAAGAUGUCCAAAAUUCUAAUUCUACCCUUGAUUUAGUAUCAGCUGAGAUUAGUAAUACUUAUUCUAACGAUGUGGAGCCAUUUCCUAAAGUCCAUGAUCAAACCCAUGAAGAAGUGGUGGCCGUGAAGAAGAAGUUUAAGCUUGAGAAUGAAGAAUUUAAACAAGUUAGGGCUAUUGCUAUUGCCAUAUCAGGUGUGCUUAUUGGCUAUUUUAUUAGAAGAUUAACUGGAUAGCGUAUAUAACUAUAUAUUUAACAGGGACUAACGAUUUGCU